AUGCAUUCAAGCACAGAGCAAGGAGAGAAAGACCAUUCCGAGGCCCCCGGUGUUACAAGCCCAUUCCCUCUGUUCGGAGCCAUAUCCUUUGAAAUCGCUCAACAAAUUCACAAUGAGUUUCUCAUCUGUAAAAUCUGCCUUGAUUCCUUUGACAAACCCAAAUCGUUGGCAUGCCUGCACACAUUUUGUCAGAAGUGCAUUGAAAAUCACAUCUCUGCCGAGGUUACCUACAACAAGACGGCAGACUAUCAUCAUUUCACCUGCCCACUCUGCCGCAAACGUACCAACCUCCCUAUUGGCGGUGUUCGAAAACUACCGGACAACUUCUUCGUCUCCGGUUUGGCAGACAUGCUCUCGAGAACGAAGCCCUCCUCACAAUUCACCGAACUGGACGACGCCGCUUGUCGUGAAAACGAAGUGAGCGAGGAAUAUUCUGUGUGCGGUCCUCUUGGAGGUCACCGUCAGCGGCGAAUGGGCCACGUCGAGAUCUCUGGCUACGGAAAAUGCGAAAUUUGUGGCCAGUUCGGCGACAGACUUGGUCGUGGGCGAUCGUCCACACCUUCUACCAAUAGAAACGCCUUGAGUGUGGAGACAAACAAUCAAAGGGCGAACUCAGCAGUCAUAUCGGCCAUCCCAAAGGCUACCUCUAAGUGUCUCGACUGCGGCAAGCUGUUAUGUGACCAAUGUGUCAAACGGCAUAGGGAAAUCAGGGUUACGAAGGAUCAUGCAAUUUUCAGCCUAGCUACGGAGAGUGCGAUCGCGUGUAAGACGCACCCAGAAGAGCCAGUGCGCUUUUACUGCGAGGCCUGUUCCACAUGCGUGUGUGUACUCUGUACUUUCAACGAUCAUCGAGAGCAUGAAAUGAAGAGCUUCGGGGAGGCCAUUCAAAAAUUGCGGGCAGAGCUACGCAGAAAGGUGAAUGAGACUCAGACCCUCAUUCAAAAAACACGACAUUGGUUGGGAGUCGUAGACGAUGCAGCCGAAAUGGUCCACAAGAUUGAGAGGGAUGUUCGAGAAUGCGCUGAUAGAGCCAUUGAUGAGAUCCACCGUCAGGAGGACAAGUUGAUAGAGCAGCUGCACAGCCGAGUGGGUCGACCGACAAUGCAGACGAUAGAACGGGCACCGGAGUGGGAGUGUCAGCUCUCGCGCCUAGAAUCCGUGCACGCAGAGGUGGUGGAGCUGCUGGAGGGUCAGGACCUCAACGUUCUCCUUCACACUCGCAGCGACAUAAAAGAGAAGCUUGGUAAGCUGAUGCAACUCGAAGUGGCCGGCGCCCUGCCCUCUACCACUUGUCCCAAAGCCCUCUUCGCUCCGCAACCACUUUGCCUCGGACACCUCGUCUUUCCCGACGAUCCCGAUCAGGGGAAGGGCAAACAACUCUUACCCAAGUUGCUUUCUGACCUCAGAAAAACAAGGAUUUCAGCGUCAACACAAACGGACAUACAGAUACUGUCGUUUGAUGAAGUGCCACGGCCAACGACGAAGGAAACAGCGAGUGAGGCAAAUGUUACGCCACUGGUCAAGCAGGUGCGCCACCGGGCCAUCAACACAGAGGUGACGCCUAGCGCUGACCAAGAAACGAACACGCGUCCGCGUGGUGUUAAUGUUUCCAUUACCUUCGGAGGGGACGAGCAAGUGGAUUUGGUGGACAGCUAUCUCCUUGCCAUCAAGGACAUUGAGGAGUCUGGCCAGGAUGCUGCUUUUGCGGCAAUGGACAACUUGACGAGGGCACGGCUGCGUCGCAAAUUGAAAGAGCGUUGGAACACUGUUGAUGCUCCCGAAAUAUCCGACCCAAGCGCUGUCAAAGCUUCCACACCGACGAACUCGACAAUAACGUUGCAUCGUCGUUUCAGUGACAAUCGCAAUCUUUAG